GUUUAAAACCCAUUUAGAAAAGCUGCGAAAACCAUCGCCCCUUCCUUAUUCCAGAUCGGGUAUAACCGACCUGAAUGAGUUAAAGCCUUAUCAAACGCGCGUCUAUUUGUUUAGGAGGAUGUCAAACCUAGCGAAACAAAUUCAACAGAGUGAGCAGCAAUGGGGGACGACCAAUGACCAGCGACGAGCAACCAGAGACGGAACCGACAUCAUACUCCUGACCUUAAGUUGGACUAGCGACCAGCCGCAACUGGCGCGCGCGACUAUGGCGUAUAGUUGCCUCUGCUCGAAAAUUGCAGGUCUUGAGCGAGCAUAUGACGCCGUUCGAGCAGGCAUAGGACGGAGUUGGAAAAUCUACAACUGUUCACGCUAUUGCAUCACUUAUUGGAGCUGAUAUUUGUGAAUGGAAUACUCCUACUCCGACGAUUUGGCAAGAACAUUUGCAUCAUUCCAACUCAGGUCUAUGGUACAUGUCCAAGUUGGAUGAGUUUGAAAGUUUUGUGGAAAGGAUGAGAAAGUAUGGGAUACUUCUUUCAUCUGUAACUGCACGACCACUGGCACUAGUUGUAAUUGAUGAUCUUCCAGUUGUAAAUGGAAAAGUAACCUAUUAAAGACUCAAGAGGUGCUUAACACUUCUUGUUCAAUGAGUUCGUAUUCCCACAGUCAUGCUCUUCACGGAUCACAAUAAGGCUGACUCUACCGACUUCCACAUGCGUUACCCAGAGGAACUCCUCCAGUCUCUCUGGAAUCUGCUGGGGCUUGUAAGGUUGCAUUCCUUGAAGUACUUAAUGAGUUAAUACUCUCUCCACCCAUAUUAAUUGUCAUUUUCUCCAAAACAAUUGUCCCCAAAUAAGUGAUGUUUUAAGAAUUAAAUGCUUAUACUGUACUUCCAAAUCUGACCAUUGUAACUCUUUAUAUAGUAAAUGUUUUUAUACCUUUAAGUAAAUGAAAUGCAUUUAAUGCCAUAAACAAGGAUAGGAUGAUCAUUUCGUAAGGCUCCUUAAUAUGCAUGCAGUUUUUGAAAACCUAAAUUAUUUUAGGACAGAGGGAGUAUGCAGAUUAAUUCCUCCCUUAUCUAUUGGUUGUAACUAAAUAGAAAAUUUUCAGGUGACUUUGAAUCCAAUUACAUUCAAUUCUAUGAAAAAAUGUCUUGAAAAAAUAUGCCGAAUGGAACAAGUUAAUGUUACUGCUGAUUUAUUUGAAGCAAUAUCAAAAGCAAGUGGAGGUGAUAUCAGGAAUGCUAUUACAUCAUUACAGUACUUUUUCCUGAACCAACAGUCAAUGCCUUCUCAACCUUCCUCGAGCUGUUACUCUACUCCUUCAAAAGAAAGUAUAGACAUGCCAAUACUUCAUAUAAUCAAAUAUCUAUGACAUUUGGGAGAGAUGAAACCAUUUCUUUGUUCCAUGCAUUAGGGAAAUUUCUACACAACAAAAGAGAGAACGAAGAUACUAAUUCUUCACGUGUGAUAGUUGAAUUGUACUGUUCCUAUUUGCUUGGCUGAAUGGGGUUAUGAGUUCUGUAACUUUUGUCUUUCAUUUUUUUGCCUCAAUUCAUCACCAUCUCAUGAUAUUUUCCCUGAAUGUUGGAUUAAAUAAUGAUCAUACUGGUUUUAGAUGGCCAUCCGACACAAAACAUACCACUAUGCUUUUUUUGCAUGAAUGUAUCAUGUAUGGUGUAAUGUUUUUAUACAAACAAUUAGUACUAUGAAUUUAUGCUUCCAAACUCAACUAGAUUUUUUAAAUGAAGAAGCUGUAGAUGAUGCCUGGGUUGUAUCUUCUUAUUUAAGUGAUGCUGAUUUCCUUCUUUCACCAUCCAAAAAUAUGAUUGCCACAAAUUUCGGGACCGAGAAUCUUCAGCACUUAGUUGCUGCCUCAGUUGCUGUUCGGGGAGUGUUAUUUGGUAAUAAUCAUCCAUCACCAUCCAGCCAAACGGACAAUUCAAAAAUAUUAUUGAUGCUGCAAUGGAGACAAGCCGUAGGCUCAACUCAAGAAAGGGAAGAGUGAAAUGGAUUAUUCCUAUGUCUCGGAUGCAAGUUGGGAGUUAUGAAUGUGGUUAUUAUGUGAUGUUGCAUAUGUUGAAUAUUGUUUCGGCGGUAAUUCUUGAAAUGUGGGAUGAGCGAUUCGCCAAUCCGGAACCAUUCUCAUCAGAAGAGAUUGAUGAAGUACGAACUCGUUGGGCAUCAUAUUUCUUAGAAAUGACGCAAUCCAUCAACGACACAUGAUGAACGUGUUUGUUUAAGUUUUUGAGUGAUGAUGAGACUUGUAACUUUAUACAAUGUGUUAUUACUCUAGACUUGUGCAAGGAUUAUUUUAUUUUAGCUUAUUAUUAUGUACUAAGUUGUUACUUGAACUUGUUUAAUAUUUGUGGAAGAAUUGAAAAAUAGAUUAUGUUAUUGUUUUAGUUGGAUCAA